UUGGCAGCCAUGAUGCAGGAAGGGCUGGACGACGGACCCGACUUCCUCUCCGAGGAGGACCGGGGACCGCGGGCGGUGAACGUGGAUCUGCAGACAGACGCCACGCUUCAGGUCGACAUCUCCGACGCCCUGAGUGAGAGAGACAAGGUCAAGUUCACCGUCCACACCAAGAGCACGCUCCCUAACUUCAAGCAGAACGAGUUCUCGGUGGUUCGACAGCACGAGGAGUUCAUCUGGCUGCACGACUCGUUUGUGGAGAACGAAGACUACGCAGGAUACAUCAUCCCCCCCGCCCCCCCCAGACCAGACUUUGACGCGUCCAGAGAGAAGCUGCAGAAGCUGGGGGAGGGAGAAGGAUCCAUGACCAAGGAGGAGUUCACUAAGAUGAAGCAGGAGCUGGAGGCAGAAUACCUGGCCAUCUUCAAGAAGACCGUCGCCAUGCACGAGGUCUUCCUGUGUCGCGUGGCGGCUCAUCCUGUCCUCAGGAAAGACCUCAACUUCCACGUCUUCCUGGAGUACAACCAGGACCUGAGUGUUCGAGGGAAGAACAAGAAGGAGAAACUGGAGGAUUUCUUUAAGAAUGUGGUGAAGUCUGCCGACGGCGUUCUGGUGGCCGGAGUCAAGGACGUGGACGAUUUCUUUGAGCACGAGAAGACGUUCCUGUUAGAAUAUCACAACAGAGUGAAAGACGCUUCGGCCAAAUCUGACAGAAUGAUUCGCUCGCACAAAAACGCUGCAGAUGACAUCAACAGAAUCGCCUCGUCUCUCUACACAUUAGGAACACAGGACUCCACAGACCUCUGCAAAUUCUUCCUGAAGGUGUCCGAGCUGUUUGAGAAAACGAGGAAAAUCGAAGCUCGAGUUGCAGCAGAUGAAGACCUGAAGCUCGCCGACCUCCUGAAAUAUUACCUGAGAGAGUCACAGGCUGCAAAGGACCUGUUGUACCGGAGGAGCCGGGCUCUGGUGGACUACGAGAACGCUAACAAGGCUCUGGAUAAAGCUCGAGCCAAAAACAGAGACGUCCUGCAGGCCGAGACCAGCCAGCAGCUCUGCUGCCACAAGUUUGAGAAGAUCUCCGAGUCCGCCAAGCAAGAGCUCAUAGACUUUAAGACGAGACGAGUGGCAGCGUUCAGGAAGAACCUGGUGGAGCUGGCCGAGCUGGAGCUCAAACACGCCAAGGGGAACCUCCAGCUGCUGCAGAGCUGUCUGGGCAUCCUCAAAGGUAACACUUAACUGUACAAAGCCGCCUACAUUCAACUGGACACGCCCCUCGUCACAGCCCCGCCCCUCCCCCAGCCGAACACGCCGAACACGGGGCGGAGCCUGAACGGACGGACGGACGACACCGAGAACUCUGGACCAGAGAGAGAGCGAGAGAGAGAGAGAGAGAGAGAGAGAACAGAGGGUUAACUGACAGAAAGUCUGUCGUCUUCAUCACUAACCAGACACCGUCCUCUUCAUCGUCUUCACCCUCCUCUUCCUCCUCAUCCUCUCCCUCUCUCUACAGCAGCACCCGUACUGGUCCUACUGGUCCAGUAUCAGACCAGCAGCACCUGUACUGGUCCUACUGGUCCAGUAUCAGACCUGCAGCACCUGUACUGGUCCUACUGGUCCAGUGUCAGACCUGCAGCACCUGUACUGGUGCUACUGGUCCAGUGUCAGACCUGCAGCACCUGUACUGGUCCUACUGUUCUAGUAUCAGA